AUGGACACAAAGUGGGCUACGACAGAACUGGCCUGGACGGCACACCCAGAAACAGGGUGGGAAGAGGUCAGCGGCUACGACGACGCCAUGAACCCGAUCCGGACAUACCAAGUGUGUAAUGUACGUGAGCUGAACCAGAAUAACUGGCUGCGGAGCGACUUCAUCCCUCGGAAGGAUGUGCUGCGCGUGUACGUGGAGAUGAAGUUCACUGUGCGUGACUGUAACAGCAUUCCCAACAUCCCCGGCUCCUGCAAAGAGACCUUCAACCUCUUUUAUUAUGAAUCCGACUCAGACUCAGCCACGGCCACCAGCCCCUUUUGGAUGGAAAACCCGUACGUCAAAGUGGACACGAUUGCUCCAGACGAGAGCUUUACAAUGCUGGAGUCCGGUCGCGUCAACACAAAAGUGCGAAGUUUUGGACCUUUAUCUAAAGCUGGCUUCUACUUGGCCUUUCAGGAUCUUGGUGCUUGCAUGUCCUUGAUUUCCGUCAGGGUGUUUUACAAAAAGUGCUCCACCACUAUUGCCAACUUUGCUGUUUUUCCUGAGACGGCGACCGGUGCUGAAGCCACGUCUCUGGUCAUUGCUCCUGGUACGUGUGUUCCUAAUGCCUUGGAGGUUUCUGUGCCACUCAAACUCUACUGUAACGGAGACGGGGAAUGGAUGGUCCCAGUAGGAGCCUGCACCUGUUCGUCUGGGUUCGAAGCCGCCAUGAAGGAAACGCAAUGCCAAGCCUGCAGUCCUGGAACCUUCAAGUCCAAACAAGGCGAUGGCUUCUGCCUCCCGUGCCCUGCCAACAGCCGGGCCACGUCGGGGGCCGCCAGCAUCUGCUCCUGUCGCAACGGCUUCUACCGCUCGGACACAGACUCCUCCGAGUCUCCCUGCACCACCAUUCCCUCGCAGCCGCGCAAUGUCAUCUCCAGCGUCAACGAGACCUCCCUGGUGCUGGAGUGGAGCGACCCGCGCGAUAUGGGCGGACGCGACGACAUUUUCUACAAUCUCAUCUGUAAGAAGUGUCUGCCCGAGAGAGGGAUGUGCACCCGCUGUGACGACAACGUGGACAUCUCUCCUCGCCAUCUCGGUCUGACCCAGCGGCGCGUAACCGUGCGCAAUCUCCAGGCGCACACCCAGUACAGCUUUGAGAUCCAGGCUGUGAACGGGGUGUCCAGCAAGAGCCCCUACUCGCCCCAUUUCUCCUCCGUGAACAUCACCACCAAUCAGGCUGCGCCGUCCGCAGUACCCACAGUUCACUUGAUGGCGGCCACAGCGAGCACCAUGAGCUUGUCCUGGUUGCCCCCAGAGAAACCCAAUGGGAUCAUUCUGGACUAUGAGAUUAAGUACCAUGAAAAGGACCAAGGAGAGGCUAUAGCUCACACUAUGACUGCACAAAGAAGCAACGCUCGCAUCGAAGGCCUGAAAGCCGGGACUCCGUACGUGGUCCAAGUCCGAGCUCGGACUGUGGCAGGCUACGGUCGGUACAGCAGCCCGGCCGACUUCAGCACCAACCUCCAGACUGAUCCGCCCAAGACUUGGCAAGAACUGUGGCCACUCAUAGUUGGAUCCAUCACUGCUACCUUCGUCUUUAUUAUUGCUGUGGUGGUCAUUGCCAUCGUCUGCCUCAGGAAGCAGAGGAACGGCUCCGAGUCCGAGUACACGGAGAAACUGCAGCAAUACAAUCAUCAACUUUUGUCUGGCCGCAUCGAUUCACUUUCCCCAAUUCUCGCUACUGAAUCCCCCAUAGUAACGCCGGGCAUGAAAGUCUACAUUGACCCGUUCACCUAUGAGGACCCCAAUGAGGCGGUGCGCGAGUUCGCAAAGGAGAUCGAUGUUUCCUGCGUGAAGAUCGAGGAGGUCAUCGGCGCAGGGGAGUUUGGAGAAGUGUGUCGCGGUCGCCUCAAGCUGCCGGGCCGCAGAGAAAUCAUCGUAGCCAUCAAGACGCUCAAAGUAGGCUACACCGACCGACAGAGAAGAGACUUCCUGUCCGAGGCCUCCAUCAUGGGACAGUUUGACCACCCCAACAUAAUCCGCCUGGAGGGGGUGGUGACCAAGAGCAGGCCUGUCAUGAUCGUCACAGAGUUUAUGGAGAAUGGAGCACUCGACUCCUUCUUGAGGCUGAACGACGGUCAGUUCACGGUGAUCCAGUUGGUGGGAAUGCUGCGGGGCAUCGCGGCAGGAAUGAAGUAUCUCUCAGACAUGAACUACGUGCACCGAGACCUGGCGGCGAGGAACAUCCUGGUCAACAGUAACCUGGUCUGCAAGGUCUCAGACUUCGGCCUCUCACGAUUCCUGGAGGACGACCCCACGGACCCCACCUACACUAGCUCACUGGGAGGCAAGAUCCCCAUCCGCUGGACGGCCCCGGAGGCCAUUGCCUACAGGAAGUUCACCUCGGCCAGCGACGUCUGGAGCUACGGCAUCGUCAUGUGGGAAGUCAUGUCCUACGGCGAGCGGCCAUAUUGGGACAUGAGCAAUCAGGACGUGAUAAAUGCAGUGGAGCAGGACUAUCGACUGCCCCCUCCCAUGGACUGUCCCACGGCUCUGCACCAGCUCAUGUUGGACUGCUGGGUCAAAGAGAGAAACCUGCGGCCCAAGUUCACGCAGAUCGUGGCCACGUUGGACAAACUCAUUCGCAACGCGGCCAGCCUCAAAGUGGUCACCAACAGCACACAAUCCACAGGGGUCUCUCAGCCCUUGCUUGACCGCUGUGUGCCUGACUAUACCACUUUCACCACUGUGGGGGACUGGCUGGACGCCAUCAAGAUGAGUCGCUACCGUGACAACUUUGUCAACGCCGGAUUCGCGUCGUUCGACCUGGUGGCCCAGAUGACGGCAGAGGACUUGUUGCGGAUAGGAGUGACGCUAGCCGGACACCAGAAGAAGAUUCUUGCUCUGGGUCAGACUGAUACUGAGGACUGGCAGACUCCAGGGGCUGCGAGCCUAAACCCUGCUGCUUCACCUCCUCCACAAUUAGACUCACAGGCUGCAGUGCCUCCAACUAGUCUCUUCUCCUUCGCAACUUCCGCUUUUUUGAUUCUCUGCACCAUUUUUUUCUCAUCCGACUGUUUUGAUUUGGAGAAGGCCUCUGCCUCACGGUGGACUCAGAGUGUGAUGGAUCUGCAUGUCUGCUCUCGUUCUGUCUGCGACGGCUCUGAACUCUUCCUGCUCUUUGAAAAUAACAUAAACAUCGACUCAAAGGAGAAGAAACUGACCCUGACCAGGUUGAAACUACAGCUCUCCUCCCAGAUGCACGUGUGUUAUUCUCCAUCUUCAUAUUGA